CGCGCGCGCUCGGGGGCCGCCAAGCCUCGCGAGACGGGGACCGUCAGGGGCCGGGCCAACUGUCGCCGGUGGUUGCGGGGUCGCGGCUGGGCGUCAUCGUGGGCGCCGUUCGGUGGGUCGCGGAGGCCGACUUGCCGGUCGGCUUGCGUAUUUCCCUUAGAGAGCGAAGACGCGGCAGAUGCCCGGCAAGCGGAGUGGUGACAAUGAGGACCCACAGAAGGUUAAACGGCCUCGCGGGCGGCCUCCCGGCCCUAAAGCCAGGCUGUCGGCUGCGGCGAGGGCGGCGGUGGUGGAGGCCGCCGCGGCUUGGGCAGCGGCCGAGGCCACCCCAGGAGGCACGGAGGCCAUGGGCAUCCUGCUCCCGGGCCAAACACGAAUCAAGAGGAGGCGGAGGGUCAUGCCUCUGGAAGACAAGAUGAAAAUUCUUGAGAAGCUGGAAGAAGGCGUGAGUAACACCGACGUGGGGCGCCUGUUUGGCGUCAACGAGUCAACUGUGCGCACCAUUAAGAAAAACGAGAAGGCCAUCAGGGCCAGCAUGGAGAGUGUUUCGCCGGUCUGCUCCAAGGUGCUGUGCAUUCCCCGUGACGUAAACAUCGAGAAGAUGGAGACCGAGUUAACCUUUUGGGUGGAGGACCAGACCAUAGGGGGGCGGCCUCUGACACUGAAGGCCAUCUGCAGCCAGGCCAAACGCAUUUACAAGCAGCUGGUGGAAACCACUGGGAAGGGCAACCCGGAUAAGUUUCAUGCGAGCAAGGGAUGGUUUGAGAAGUUCAGAAAUCGCUACAGUCUGCGAAAUUCGAGGUUGAUGGGGGAGGAAGAACCGCUGAAUGCCCAGUCGGCUCCCAAGUAUUCCAAACAACUCCAGAGACUGAUCAGAGCCAGAGGCUAUGUGCCUCAACAGGUCUUCAACGCCGAGGAGAUGAGCCUGUUUUGGAAGUGCAUGCCUUCACGUACUUUUAGGGAAAAAGACAAAAGCCCCGAAAGCUUAGAGGAAGCGAAGGACAGGAUUUCCCUCAUUUUUUGUGCCAACGCCGCCGGUGACAAAAUGAUAAAACCCUUGCUGCUUUAUAAAGACCCUAAUCCCACUUGUCUUUUGGAAAAAGAUAAAAACCGCCUUCCUGUGUUCUGGCGAUCACACCCCAAAGUAUCAUUAACCGCUGCCCUCUUUUUGGACUGGUUUCAUAAUUGUUUUAUCCAUCAGGCCCGCAGUUAUUUAAUAGAAAAAAAUCUUGAGUUCAGAGUGUUGCUAAUUCUGGACAGAGGUCCCAAUCACCCAGACUCAUUAUUCUUUGCUCAUCCUAAUGUUGAUAUUGUGUUCCUCCCUCUGGAAGGCACUAGCUAUCUUCAGCCCUUGGAUCAGGGUAUAAUUGAAGCAUUCAGGAGGUAUUACACCAAGCAUAUGUUUGACCACUUUGCUGACUGUAUUGAGAAAAACCCUUGUCUUACUUUGAAAGAAACAUGGCAACAGUACAGCAUUGCUGAUGCUUUGGUAGUGAUAAAAGAGGCAAUGGAUGAUAUAAAACCAGCUGCUCUGAAUAAAGCCUGGUGGAAACUUUGGGCUGAUGUUGUAAAUGAUUAUGCAUGUUUCCCUAGAGCUAAUGAAGAAGUUGCAAAAAUCAUAGAGUCUGCAAAACGGAUGGACUUUAAAUUCCUUGACAUUGAAGAGGGUGAAAUUAAUGAACUGCUCAAGUUUCAAGCUUUGGCCAUAACGGAGAGAGAGUCUGUAUCAAUAAAUACGGAAGAAGACAAGUCCCCAGAACCAGAGGUAAAGAUGAAUCUAAGGAAAUUGAAUGCUGUCUUACGCCAGGCUUCAGACCUCAUUGAUGCUGCAAUUGAUAUGGAUCCUUUCCUGGACCGAAGUUUGGCCUUUAAAAAAGACUUUAAUAAAUUGUUAUAUACCUAUAAAGAGGUGCAAAAGAACCUUCAAAAUAAAGCAAAGGAGUUGAAGAGUGAAAAAGAUAGAAACAAAGAGGAAGCAGUGUGUAUGAAGAAGAUGGGUACAGAACUGGAGUCUGAAUCCGAGUCUGAAUCUGAAUCCGAGUCUGAAUCCGAAUCUGAAUCCCAUGAGGAGGAGAAGGUAGAGAGAAAGAAAGAGGACAAGAAGCCUCCAGAAGAUGAUUCUGGACCCUCAGGCAGUGGCACCAAGACUCUUACUAUAUCUGAAAAAUCUGCCAAAGCCAUAAAUGCAGAAUUGGACUUUUGGAAUCUAACCUUGGAAUUGAAUCUGGAGAGAGUAGAAGUGCCUGAGUUAAAGGAAUAAGAGAAUCCAGAAGCAGUUCCUUCCAAAUGACAGUUCAUCUCUUGCCAUGCUUCCCCUGUUGCCCCAACAUCUACCUUCAUCAUGACCAUCCUUAUCAUCACCAGCCACACAUUCAUAUCAUUUAGUCAUUCAUCAAACAGUUAUUGAGCAUAAGCUGUGUGGGGUCCUGUGCUAAACUUGGGGACAGCAUCUCAGGAAAUCAUCUCAGGAUCUAAGGGCUAGCCUGGAUAAGAAGCUGGCUGCCUCUGUGAACAUCCUGCCCAAGGCGUCCUCACUGUACUUUUGGAAUGGAGAAAUUGAAGAAGCCACUGAGAUCCUAUUGCUAAUAAAGACAAAGACUUCCAGGGUCCACGUGCUGUCCAGCUAUAUCAGGAAGCAGGGGAUUAUCACCCGCAUUUGACAGAUGGGAGACUGAGGCCCAAGGCCUCCUAUAUCUUCGGUUUGAGAAGUGAAGAGAACUUGCAUUGUGUGCCGAGGGCCAGGUGAAAGAAAUGGAGAGAAGGGAGAGAUCCCUGUGGGUUUGGAUGGUCAAGGAAGAUCCCUUGGAGAAGGUCAGUCAUUGAGUUGGGCCUUGAGGGAUAGAUAGGUGUUUAAAUGAUCAACAGAGAACUUUCUAGGUGGAGAAGAGAAUCCAGAGGUAUUGGGGGGUUUGUUUGGGGAAGGCACAGUGAGGGCUGUGGGAUAGUAAUGAAGACAGUAAGUGCCAUUUAAUGAGGGCACACCAGGCCGGUCGGUAUACCAGGUGAGCGCCUCCUGUGCCUCAUCGCAUUUACUCCUGGGCAAUCUAGUCAUGGAGGGACUAUUUUUAUCCCCUCUUUUUUAGGGCCUUUGGAGAAAUUAAGUGAUCUGUCCAUAGUUGCAUAGCUCUGAGGGGCAGACUUAGAAUUUGAAUCCAUGACUGUGAGACUCUGAAGUCAUCUGGCCCAACUCAUCCCUUAUUGACAAGUGGGAAACAGGCUCGGGAGCAGUGGGGGCCCAGUGCUUCACAGGGACAGGUGGGCUGCGGCAGAUCGCAGGGCAGCUCGAGUGAGGCUUUCCAGUUGGGUCUAAUUGCAUAGGCUGAUUCUAAUCCUCAUCACUCACAGGGCUCUGCUUUCUUUCCAAAGGUUGGUGCAUCCUUUUGAAAUCCCAGAAGUCUUCAGUCUUCCCAUGGACCAAGGAGAUGUCCACUAUUUCAAGUGGCUGGAAGAGGGCAUGGAGGAGGACUGAGGGGUGGGGGGGCUUUUGUGUCUCCUGAUGGCUGCCUCUCGCCUGCAGCAGCUGCACUCUGGGGCAGGGGGCCUCUCUCGGCUUCGUAGCACCUCUGGAUUCCAUGUCUUUGUCGGCACGGAAGAGCUAAGGAACUUGAGAGGCUGAAGGCCUGAGCGCCGGGGACUGGAAGAAGAGGCUGGGUUGGUCGGGCCAAGCAAGAACCCGGUGGAACUUGUCUCAAGUGCUUCAGGCUUAUAGAUCACCGAAGGACACUGAAGUGCACGGAGGUGCCGCAAGGGGGUGGCCUGUCGCAUUGAGAAUGGUAAGGCCAGGCCUGCUCCCGUGUCCGCUGCUCCUCUGCUCCCCAGGUCUCCGGUGGAAGAGGCCAGGGCACGCAGAGCCCCUUUGGUGCGAGAAGAAAGACUUGAGCUAGGCCCCCUCCAUGAACCUGUCACCAGGUAACCUUGCUCUGGGGAGACUCGUGGGCAGUUUGGGUGGGGGUCCACACCAGUUCUUCCCAGAGGGAAGGGUAUUUACUGCCAGGCUCUAGUUCUGACACGCGCUGUGCUUAAACAUUAGUUCCUCCAAAUAAAAAACGGAGGCCCUCCCAGGACCCUCCUGUGAAGCCCUUAUAGGGACAUAAGGCUGAGGCUCUUCCAAAGGUCCAGAGGAUCCUUUUUGGAUAGCCAGUGGGGAUUUUGGAGGACUGCCUCCGGAGGACAGAGAGAAUGAUAAUGGUGACGUCCCUUUUUACAACAGGUGUUUCUGAUACACAGGAAAAUCUUGUAUAAAGUAAACCCUAGGGAAAAUGCUUUGGGGACCCCAGAAGGACUGCCUCUGUUGCUUUCAGGUUGGAUCCCAGUUUCUUGGUCUGGCCUUCAAGGCCCUUCAUAGCCUUGCCUCACUUCACUUUUUCCAUCUUCACCUUCCACCUCUCCUUGCCCACGCUGGCAAGGAAAUGGCUUCAAUAUGCUGUGUGAAGUUAUUCCUGUGUUUGGGCCUCCCCUCGGCCUGGAGCGCCCUCCUGCACAAACGCCUGUGAAAUCUAUCUCCCCCUUUGCGAGGCCAGCUCCCCCGCUUGGAAGAAAGCUCUCCGGCCUCGGUGUCCCUGUUAUCCUUGUGUAUCAUGGUCAGCCUCCUGUUUCUAGAUCGUGAGCUGCUUGAGGUCAAGGGCAUGUCUGAAUCUGUUUGAUCUCUUGCACAGGACUGGACAAGUAUUUCCCAAAUUGAUGUUUCAAGGAUUUGAAUAAAGCUUUCUCUGUAGCCCAUAGUUACUAAUUUAUGGAAUUGGCAAAAUCCCGCCUUUUUUCUUCGAACUUUCUUAAACUGGGACUAAUUCCAAAGGAGAUUUUUCUAUUUCUGGCCUCUAUUGGAGCAUUUUCUGUGCUGACUGUGCACAGAAAACUGUUUCUUGGUGGACUUCCUUUGCCUCUGUCACAGCUGGCUACAGGAAAUGGGAGAGGAGAGGACAAACGCCAGCUCUCUGUCUGGUGGUCUCCUAGGUUCUCCACAUUAUUUUAUCCUUCUAACUCAGUAUUCUCCUCAGCUGGCAGCUGACUUCUGAGAUCAGAGAGCAUGACACUUAAAAUACGUGACCAAACUAGGCUGUGAACCCACGUGUCCAAUUCUAGACCUGAUGCUCUUACUGCCUCCUUCAGAGAGGUUGGACAUACCCCUUUGUAGGCCAAACACCUAGAAAGCCUACUGUAGCCAACUCUAAAAGAAGGGUUAUUGGUUCCAAAAACCAAUAACAAUGCAGGAAGUUGGUCUGGCACUUAAAAAUAUAUUGUAUUGUAUAUACAGUAUAUUGUAUUUACUUCUCCCCACAGAUCUGGAGGCUGGUGACAGGAUCUUUCUUCUGCAGAUGAGGGAACAGAUCUAGAGGAGUUCAGGGACUCCCAGCUUACUUACCCUAGACCACAUUGUCCCCCGAGAGCGCUGCUGUGGGGCUGGGCUAGGACCUAGACUAGCAGCUCCAUGCAGGAUUGCCUUCCCAGCAUUUCUCAUUUUUUGAUCCAGAAUCUCCAGAAAAAUCACUUGAGGAAAUGAGAAAAAAAUAUGAAAAUUAUCUCUGAAUACUAAAGCUUAAAAGCAGCGAGAUGUUAACUGGUUUGAAGAAAUCAUUAGAUAAGAAAAGAGCACAAAACACCAACAUGUAGAGUUGAGGGUGAAGGGAACCAGGACGGGAGCGUGCAGGAGAGAAACGAUUAUCAUGGAAUCAGUCUUGCUUGCGAUUGUUGCCGUGUUCCACGUGUGUCUGUCUAGCCCUGUCUGCUGCAAACUGUGAGUUAUUUUUGCAGAUAAGCUUAUACACACAGUAUACUUUAAACAAAUUCUAUGAGCUUUGUUUGAAGAAAUCAGCUUUGGAAGCAAAAUAAAUUUUAAUUGAGCAAUUCUGA